GAGAGUAAACGAAAAAGAAAUUAAUAAAAAAGAAAAGGAAAAAAGAACGAGGAGUGGGUGGUAAUUUUCAAAAUCUAUAAAUUCGGCAAAUUGAGAACAAAAAUGGGAUUGGUAGAGCGAACGGAUUGGUAAUUUAUGUUAAGGUUGGUCUUCCAUAGUUGAGUUUAUUCACGCCCUUCUCAUAAAAAAGUGAAAUAAGUCAGAAAUUGUUCGGGAUCUUUCAAAGUGUUAGAAAAAAAAAAAAAGAAAUACAAAAACGAGCGAAAAAAGGGGACACAAAGGACCUGGGCCGGCUGUAAACUUAUUCAGAAAAAAGAUACAAAUAUAUCUUCGUCGCACUCUCUCUCUCUCUCUGUUUCUUUCUUUCUUUCUUUCUGUGUACCCUGAAACAGACAGUCAGUUGGAACGAAUAGCAACGGCGGAGUACCUUACACAAUGAAUUAACGGGAAAAAACAAUUAUCAAUGAUCACAGCGAAGCCUUUUCUCCCCUAACACCUACACAAAGCCUGAAACUUUUAGAGUUGAGGCAUAAAGUCGAUGAAAAUCGAUCCAACUGUGCAGUUUACUGGCAGUUUAUUUGAUCAAUCCUAGGACGGAUAAUAUUGAUUUGCGCGGAAACAGAAGCCCAGAGCCUUUCUCUUUUUUUAUUAUGUAUAUUUUCGUUUCAAAACAAUAUACAAGGAAAUGAUAUCGGUAUCUUUAAUGGACCACGACAGGUUCUCACGAAAAAUACGUGCAUUCUUCUGUUAUCGGAUUUACCAAAAGAAGUGGUUUACACCCCUUCCUUUUGGCCCCUGAUUGCAGCUGUAAUCCAGUGUGUGAAUAUUUAUUAAGAAUUUUCCAAAAAUUUCAUGGAACUGGUGAUGACAUAAGGAAGUAGUAAGUGGCAGUGGUGGUGGUGGUGGUGCUGAUACCCAAUUUCAAACAGUAAAUCCUUCUGGACAGCACAAUGAACCAGUCAGAAUGUAUCGACCUGAAUUCCAACGACACUUCAUUGGAGAGCCCAUGGAAUUUGCCAGCAACCGUCAUUCUAUCCAUAGUUUCCAUCAUACUCAUGGUUUGUAUAAUCGUUGGAAACUUUCUUGUGAUCACAGUCAUCCUACGACACAAAGGGAUGCGCACCAGAACAAAUCUGUUCCUACUGAACUUAGCACUAGCAGACUUGCUUGUAGGAACACUAAUGGCACCGUUUACCCUUAUUACAAUCAUUUCUGGUAAGUGGAUCUUUGGAGAGCGGUUCUGCAACGUGAACGGCUUCAUGAAUGCGCUGUGCUACAUAACUUCUUGUCACACACUCAUGUACAUUAGUGUACACAAGUACUUUUCUAUCACACGCCCAUUCAGCAGGUUCAUCACCAUCUCACGCAUUUUCAUAAUGGUGGCUGCUGCCUGGAUUUGGGCGAUAUUUUGUGCCACAAUGACAAUCACCGGACUGACUAGUGUCUGCUUCAAAUAUGGUACUUCACAAUGCGGUCCUCUCUACCCCAACGAGAGGAAAAGCUAUAUUCACCAUACGAUUAUUCAAGUGACAGUUAUUUUAAUUCCACUGAGUGUUAUGGCAUUUACCUACAUCAGCAUGUACCGCGAGAUACGUGCUCAUACAAAGCGUCUACAACAGAACACCCGACUAAGGAAAGAUACCAUUUUAGCUCAACAGAAGAAAGUGAUCUUUACACUGUUUAUUGUGCUCGCCUGUUUCGUCCUUUGUUGGAUGCCUUACCAUAUAUAUUCCAUGUAUGUCUCGCUCAAUAAGUCUACGAGGAACUUUAACCCCAUCAUGAACCCAAUAGUUUACUUGUUUGCUUACCUGAACAGCGCUUGCAACCCAAUCAUCUAUGCCCUUCGAAGUGAAGCAUUCCGCAAAGGUUACCAAGAGAUUCUGUGCAUGAAAAAAGAAGUGAUAUUUAGUGAGGAUACGAUCCAUGAAAAUUCUUCACCGCACAUGUUCCGCCUUUUUAAUUCGCUUAAAACUGCAGGGAAUGGAAACAAGCCACGUCAAGGUUCCGUUGCAAGCAUACAGUCAAUCAACAGUAUUCCUGUUAAUCAAAUAAACUUAAAAGGUAGCUCAGUCAUUAAAAAGGAUGGUUCCGUAGUCAUUAUGAAAGACGGCAAAAUCGUGUGUGUACGUCAAAACCGUAGCAAUAAAAAACUGUCCGACAGUUCAAAUUCUUCAAGUUUUGAAGAGAAAAGACCUUCCCUUGCAAGCGUCCCCAGUGGUUCGGCAUUCAAGUUCAACAUCGGAGAUUUCUCAACUCUGGAUGAAUAUUCUGAAGAAAUCGAUGAUUCCGAUUCUUUAAAUACGUCUGACUCUUUCGGCCAAUUGAAAGACGCGCAACAUAACAAAAAAUUCUCUUUAGAUAGCAUCGGCGAAAAUGAAAGUGAGGAUCAAGUUUUCAUCUGUCCUGACGCUGAACAAAACUCUUACAAGGAAGGUUCUGGAAGGCAAAGACUCAGAUUUAAUUUAGAAGGAGAUAUGUCUCAAACAAAUCAUGAUGUAGAUGAUAGAGAUAGUGGAAGCUUAAGGGAGGCCAUAUCCCAGUCUUUAAGUUCAGAGAAUACAGCACCUGAUAGCACAACUUCCAACGGUUAUCUCCAUUAACAAAAAAAAAGCCAAAAAAGAAAAAAAAAAAAAUGCCAAAAUAAUUCAAAAAAGUUAUUGUGUUAUUGUUGUCUUAAUUUAUCCAAAAGUGUAAACAGCCAUGAAGAAAGGAAAAAAAGACCAGAAAAAAAUAAAAGAAAAAAAGGAAUCAUUUAUUUGUGUCUGUCUAUCUAAAGUGGCUGCAUCUUGUUUAAAAUUUCUUUAAACGCCAGCAAAUUGUUAGAUAUUUCGUAUCUUUCAGUAUGUAAACCUUAACCCUAACUCUAAUUGGAAUGUUGCUUCUAAUUUAUCUGCCCUUGCCUCUACUUAACUGUUGCUGAAUUCAACGGAUUUCAUAUGGCAUUUAAGAUUGCAGCAGUGCUUUUCAAAGAUUCUUUUAUAAUUCUGAAAAGACCAAAGAAAAAGAAAAAAAAGAAAAUCCACAUAUUUUUUUAUCUGUUUUUUUCAUUUCAAUUGGACAAUUUGACUAAUAUCCUCUUUGUAAGUUUUACAGCAGCUUCAACUGUACCACCAUCAUGUACAUGCAACUCUGCAUUCUAGAAGAGUGCAGUAUUAUGAAAUGCAGCUGCAUUGAUUAUACAUUGCUUUUUCGGGGUUUGGUUUACUGUUUCUGGCGUUAUUUCAGUGCUUCAUCUUUUAUGUAGACCACAUACAGUUUGAGAUGAUGUGUUAUCUUAUUGUGUGAUAUCUAUGUUAUCUGAUUGGUGUUAAGUGUUUCAGUGUAGAAUGUGGUGUUUCCCCUAUGAUUGGUGUUGCUUGUUUUACUACAAAAUACCAAAGACAUAGAUUAUAUUUCGUACACGGUUGUACUGUAUUAGACCUUUUGCAGCAGAGGUCUGUUAUGCAUACUCAAAAUUCCAUUAGCUGCAGAAAGCAGAUUUAUAUACCAUUCUCUUUGAAAAUUACUAUUUGUGAAUCUCACAACAAGAGAUAUUCAGCAACAGUACUUUGGAGUAAAGAUUGUUUGCCAACAUAACAUAGCAGUCCUUGUUUAGGACGAAUGUUGCUGUAAUUUAGCCCCUGGAGACAUCGUCUCCAGCUGGCUAUACAACAUGGUCUGUGUCCUUAUAUUUUCGGGGCUAAAUUGUGUCCUUGUAUUUAUGGGGCUAAAUUACAGCAACAGUCGUCCUAAACCAGGACUGCCAUGUUAUGUUGGCAGACAAUCUUUACACCAAUCUAUCUGUUGUUGAAAAAUAUUUUCAUGUGAGAUCUGUUGAGUUUAUUAAAUAACAUGACUCAGAGAAAAUACCAAUUCUCUUUGUUGUUAGACGUUUAAUAUAAUUGUUGGAAUAACAAUGGAUUUUGAUUUUGCAGUGAAAGCGUUAACGUGUAGAGCUAUGUAAAGCAUCAAUUUUGUAAAUUGUUGAUGUUAUAAUGUCGGAUAUCCUCUAUAAACAAGUUUGUGUUGUGCUGCUUUUAUUGGGUGACAUUUAUGUUGUGGCCAUUGUUUAGCAGCAAUUGUGUACAGUGUGUUUUCCUGCAUGUUGUGUUAUUUUAUUGGGCAGUUAAUGUAUAGGGCAUGUGUUGUAUGCAGGAUCUGUGUUGCUUCUGUUAUAAUAAGGAAAAGAAGGUGUUAUACAUAUGAUGUAGGAUUUACCCAACAAAACUACAUUUUCAACAUUAUGUAAUAUUGUGGGUCCAGGAUGGUUUGUGUAGUUUUUGUUCAUUAUUUUCAUCAUACCUAAUACUCUAAUUAUUACUGGUACUAUCAGUAUAUACACAUUUGAAACAACAGAGCUUAAAAUAGGAUAUAUAUAUAUAUAUAUAUAUCGUGUAUAACAUGCUCAUAUACAGUGAGUGCCCUGUGCACAUUUCGGUAUCAACCAGUGUGUUAUAAAUGAAUUAUGCAUUGCUGCUAUUGGCACUGAUUUCACUGUUGUGCUCCAAAUCCUGCUUAUUUCAGUUUCAAGAUCUUUGCAUAUUGACAAGAUUUCCACGUUCUUUCAGGCAAUGUUCUGGUCAGAAUGUGUCAAGAAUGUCUAUCAGAAUAAAAGCAUUUCCAAUCCAGUCCUUGAUUAUUAAAUCCAAACAGUUUGCAUUGAUCUCCUUUGUCAGGACGGAUUAUUGUCCCAUGUGAUUGUGGCCAGGUCAUCAUCAUGGACUGUGCGUCUUACAUAUUUAUACUACUUGUCCUUUUUCACAUUGAUGUGUUGACAUAUGGUCUAGAGGACAUAAUGCUCUAAUUAUUACUGGUACUAUCAGUAUAUACACACUUGAAACAACAGAACUUAAGAUAGUGAUAUACAUAACAUGCUUAUACACAGUGAGUGCCCUGCUCACAUUUCAGUAUUUAUCAAUGUGUUAUAAAUGAUAUAUACACUGCUGUUAUUGGCACUGUUUUCACUGCUUAUUUCAAUUUCAAGAUCCUCGCAUGGUUGUUACACUUCUGUAUUCUUGCUUGGAACUGUUUGCUGACUUGUUGCUAGAGCUAGUAUUUAUAUGGUUCCCUCAAAUGUUGGUCUUAUCAUGUCGGCUUCAUCUUCUAUCAUUUUUCUGUUAGGUUCUCCUCAGUAUUAUCUCUGCUUCAUCUGUUGAGCUGUAAGAUCUUGUUCUGUUUUUCUGCCAAGUGUAUGAUUGAGUGUAUAUUUUUAUUGUGACUGUGUAUGCAACUGAAUACGAACAGAACUCAGUUGAACCCCUUAAAAUGGCACCAGUUGUUGGGUGUCACUAUCACCAAGGAUGUCCCACUUUUACUCAUUUACUUGUUUCAGUCAUUUGACUGUGGCCAUGCUGGAGUACCGCCUUUAGUCGAGCAAAUCGACCCCAGGACUUAUUCUUUGUAAGUGUAGUACUUAUUCUAUCGGUCUCUUUUGCCGAACUGCUAAGUUACAGGGGACGUAAACACACCAGCAUCGGUUGUCAAGCGAUGUUGGGGGGACAAACACACACACACAAACGUAUACACACACAUACAUUAAUAUAUAUAUAUAUAUAUAUAUAUAUAUAUAUAUAUAUAUAUAUAUAUACCGAAGCUUUGUGAUUGAAUCUGGAAGGCAGAAGUUAUUGCCAUGUAUGUAUAUGUGUGUGUAGGUGCUUGUGCCUCUCCGAGAGAGAGAGAGAGGGAUAUACACACACACACACAUGCUUUGCAAUCCACAAUGUUAUAUAUAUAAGGAUAUUAUUAUUCACAAUUUACAAUAAUAUCAGUUGCUAGCAUGUGUAAAAAAAAAGCCAUAAAGGUAGAAAUUAUUGAUUAAUAAUGAAGGGUACCACUGGUAGCACCAGCAUGUUAAAGAUAGCAGUUGAAACAAUUCAAAACCACAGUUUUCACUUGUAACACAAUGGUGAAGUCAGAGGUACAAGUAAAACUUUAAGACCUUGUAGCAUUGACAAAAAUAAUCGUAAAUGAAAGCCAGACAUACCCAUAUUAUAUGUAUAUAUGUAUAUGUAUCUAUGUAGAUAUGUAUCUGUGUGUGUGUUUGUGAGUACCUUUGCUUUGUCAAGACUUGUGAUAGUUGUAAAUGAGCAUCAUCAUCAUCAUCAUCACCAUACAGGUGAGAUUAAUUUUAAUCCUUCAGUUCUCUAUAUAUGUGUGUAUGUAUAUAUAUAUAUAU